UAAAUUGAAUUAUCCUUUUUUAACUCUAAAAUGACAACGAGUUGCUGUUUGAAGACCAAUAAAGCACAUCCAUCCAGACAAAUCAGAAGAAUGAAAGCAGUAAAAUAUCAUGAGCUAAGGUUUGAUUAUUUUUUUUUUGCCUAUGUUUUAUUUUUUCUGUAUGGCUGAUUCCUGCAAUACUUGUAUAUCAACAUUAUAAGGAGCACGAGACUGACUUGCGUAAGCAAAUAUGUAGUUAGACUGUAAACAUUAUCUGACACAGUACUUCCUCCUUUCUUUCACUGGGGAUGUUGGAGGUUUUUAUGAGGAUAUUCACAGUAAAGGAGGAUAUUCUGCUGGAAGAGUCUCAUCAUGCAGACUAAUGAGCCUCUGGAAGACAUCAGAGAUGCAUCAGUGAAGCGCAUUCAUUUCUCCAGUGGAGAAACUCUGACAGAUGAAGACAGCGAGGAAGAGGAGGAUCUUCAUCAAACAGCAUCAUGCGUUACUGAGCCGGGUAACUGGACAUGGAAGGAUCGUUCUCGGAUUUGGGGAUCACGUUUUUUGAACAAGUCUUUGCAAUAUUGUGAUUUUCUUGGAGAGAGAAUGGCUGGUUUGCUGGGUCUGAAUGCUGCCAAAUAUCAAUAUGCCAUUGACCAUCACAGAGAUCAUAAGUUUGUGCAGGAGGAGGCUAUAGCAGAGCCUUCUAGUACGAACACCAGCAUGAAUGAAGAGAAAAUCAAUCUUUCACAAAUGGCAAGCAAACAAUAUGGAGCAACAAAUACAGCAGACGCAGCACAGAAACAAACACUACAGUGUAAAGGAGAACUGAAUGAAGGAUUCAACUCUAUCGAAUAGUGAAUCUAAAAGAUUACAAAGUUGUUAAAUCAUUUGCGUCUUGUUUAUUAUUUGAUCAUAGACUAAAUUCAGCUGGGAAAAUUCAUGUGACUCAAAUCCGGCUCACACCAGACACUUAGAUCCGGCCCACAUACCGAAUGGACUGAUGGCACUUGGGCGGUAUGCUCCUGUUUACCAGAUCUGGGCCACUAUUAACCCAAGGCAAUACCACAUAUCAACCAGAAUUCAACCAAAUGAACCAGAACUGACCCUAUACUGGGCCACAAUUUGCUUUCAUUCUGGCCCAGAUCCGGCCCACACCAGACACUUACAUCUGGACCACAUAUUGAUUGGAAUGAUGGCACUUGGGCGGUCCUGUUUGUCAGAUCUGGCCCACAAAAAGACUAAAGCAAUACCACGUGUUAGCAACAGUUCAACCAAAUGAGCCAGAACUGACCCAAUUCUAGGCUACAGUUUGCUUUUAUUCUGGCCCAGAUACGGCCCACACCAGACACUUGCAUGUGGACCACAUACUGAAUGGAAUGAUGGCACUUGGGCGGUCCACUGCUGUUUACCAGAUCUGGGCCACUAUUAACCCAAGGCAAUACCACAUAUCAACCAGAAUUCAACCAAAUGAACCAGAACUGACCCAAUUCUGGGCCACAAUUUGAUUUUAUUCUGGCCCAUAUCCGGCCCACACCAGACACUUACAUCUGGACCACAUAUUGAUUGGAAUGAUGGCUCUAGGGCGGUCCUGUUUGUCAGAUCUGGCCCACAAAAAGGCUAAAGCAAUACCACGUGUUAGCAACAGUUCAACCAAAUGAGCCAGAACUGACCCAAUUCUAGGCUACAGUUUGCUUUUAUUUUGGCCCAGAUCCGGCUCACACCAGACACUUACAUCUGGACCACAUAUUGAUUGGAAUGAUGGCACUAGGGCGGUCCUGUUUGUCAGAUCUGGCCCACAAAAAGGCUAAAGCAAUACCACGUGUUAGCAACAAUUCAACCAAAUGAGCCAGAACUGACCCUAUUCUGGGCUACAGUUUGCUUUUAUUCUGGCCCAGAUCCGGCUCACACCAGACACUUGCAU